GACAUCUGAGACCCACAAUCACGUUUUACCAUUCCUUUUUUUUUAUCUUACAUCACGUUUAUCGUGAAACUUACACAAAAUGUUCAGAGGCGGACCCCGGCAGCUUCAGAACCCCAACAGAGCAUCUUCAAACACUCGAUGCCAGAAAUGCUUGAAGUUUGGACACUACACCUACCAAUGUAAAAAUCCUAUGCCCUAUGUUCCUCGCCCAUCACGAACCAAGCAACUUGAAAUGGGGGCUAUAGGGCGUGACAAGCCUAGUGUUGAGACUCCGGAUGAAUUCAAGACUUCAGGCAAAGGAGUUGCAGACAAGAUUCUGGCUGCUAAAGAGGAAGACAGGAAAAAGAGGGAAGAAGAGGCAAAGAGAGCAAAUAACAAGGGAAGGAAAAGGAGAAACAGCUCCUCUUCCGAAUCCGACUCAGCUUCCGGCUCAGAUUCCAGCUCUAGCUCCGAUAGUUCGCGAUCUCGAGCCCGUCGACGACGGCGAUAUUCAUCGUCUUCGUCGUCUUCGUCGAGCUCUUCCACCCGUCAUCGUUCUGCGUCUGCCCGCCGACGACGCCGAUAUUCUUCAUCUUCGUCUAGCUCAUCCCCGCGUCGUCGCUCUGCUUCUCCCCGUCGAAAGCGAAAAGACUCGGAUGAUGACGAGUCAAGAAACAGGUCUUCUUCGGUUUCGAGAUCACCAUCUAGAAGCCCGCCCAGACGUAGGAGGGCAUCGUCCGAGGAGAGUAGAUGAUCGCAUAUAUGGAACCAAUUGGGCAUGCAUGAUUGUAC